GGAGAUGGGGGCGUGCGAAUGUCCUGCUCUGCUGCUUCUGCUGUCCUUGCUGCUGCUUCCUCUGGGCCUCCCAGUCCUGGGCGCCCCCCCUCGCCUCAUUUGUGACAGCCGAGUCCUGGAGCGGUACAUCCUGGAGGCCAGGGAGGCCGAAAAUGUCACGAUGGGCUGUGCUCAAGGCUGCAGCUUCAGUGAGAAUAUCACCGUCCCAGACACCAAGGUUAACUUCUAUACCUGGAAGAGGAUGGACGUGGGGCAGCAGGCCGUGGAAGUCUGGCAGGGCCUGGCCCUGCUCUCAGAAGCCAUCCUGCGGGGCCAGGCCCUGUUGGCCAACUCCUCGCAGCCAUCUGAGACCCUCCGGCUGCAUGUGGACAAAGCCAUCAGCAGCCUGCGCAGCCUCACCUCCCUGCUUCGGGCGCUGGGAGCCCAGAAGGAGGCCAUCUCCCUUCCAGAGGAAGCCUCUGUUGCUCCACUCCAAACAUUCACUGUUGAUACUUUGUGCAAAUUUUUCCGAAUCUACUCCAAUUUCCUGCGGGGAAAGCUGACGCUGUACACGGGGGAGGCCUGCAGGAGAGGGGACAGGUGACCAGGUGCUCCCACCCCGGGCACGUCCACCACCUCCCUCACCACCACUGCCUGUACCACGCCUCUGCACCACCACUCCUGACCCAUCGAGGGGUGAGCAGCUCAGCACCAGCCUGUCCCAUGGACACUCCA